AUGUUUCGCACUAGUUUAUCUAAUUUGAAAACGGUUCUGACCCAAAAACGUGGAAAUAGAAUGAUUUUCCAGACAAAUACAAACGCAAUGAAAGUUAUUCCGGUCCCAGCUGCGGUUGUAGACCCAGUAGAACCUGAAAAGAUACUUCCUGUGGUUGAACAGCAUGGAGCAAACCUUAAACAUUUAAUCACAACGCAUCAUCACCCGGAUCAUUCUGGUGGAAAUGAAAAACUUGUUUCUCAACGUAAAGAUUUAAUUGUUUAUGGUGGUGACGACCGAGUUCCUGCAGUAAAUCAUUUGAUGAAAGAUGGUGAAGAAUUUAAUAUUGGAGACAUUGUUGUAAAGGCUCUUUACACUAUUUGUCAUACACGAGGAAGUGUCAGUUUUUUUUUGCAAGACAAGGACGAUAAAGUUGUUUUCACUGGUACCGCUGAUCAAAUGUACAACUCUUUGGUUAACGUUCUUGGAAAGCUUCCAGAAGAAACCAAAGUUUAUUGUGGUCAUGAGUAUACUAAAAGCAAUCUCAGAUUUGCUGAAUCCGUUGAACCUAAUAAUCAAUUUCUCAAAGAUAAAAUUCAAUGGGCUUCCAAAAAUCAACAAACUGUUCCAAGUACUAUCGGUGAUGAAUUAAAAUUUAAUCCUUUUAUGAGAGUUAAUGUGGAUAGUGUCAAGAAAGCUACCGGAAAGAGUGAUCCAGUUGAUGUCAUGGGAGCUUUGAGAGAAAUGAAAAAUAAUUUUAAAUAG